AGUUAAAUGUAUUCAAGCGCGAAUUCCUGGCAUCACAUUUUUUUCGGCAUUUGCGUCUUUCAAUUCACUACGUGCAGUGUCUCCUAUAUACGUAACUGAACAAAGAGACGUUAAAAGUGAAGCCAUUGUACGACACGAUAAAACUUUUAUAUAUUAUUAAUCAUGAGUAAACGUAGUACACAAACAAAUACUCUUUAUAAUUAUUUUACUUCACCUAAAGUACCAAAAAAAGAAGAAAAAAAAGAGACUAAAGUCGAAUCAAGUCCAAAACCAUCAACUCCUAAACGUGAAAUUAAAGCCAAACCAAAAGCUAUUGUAAAUGGGAAAGAGAAUAAAGAGGGUUCUAAUACUCCCAAAAGAAAGCGACAAGAUAAAGAAAAACCCAAGGCCGCCGAAGAGGAUUUAAGAGAUGAAGAGAAGGAUGAAGAGAAAGAUGAAGAAACUCCUGUCAAAACGAAAAGAAGGAGAAUUAUUAUUCCCUCAGAUGAAAGUGGAGACGACUCAGAUGAAUACAAGCCAGGUGAUGAUGAAGCUUCAGAUUCAGAUGCUUCAAUAUCAUCAGGUGUUGCUACGUCUGAAGCAGAUACUACUUUAGAAACUGGAACUGAUGAUGAUCCAACACCUAAAAAAGAACGAAAAGCUAGAAAUCCCAGUAACGCCAAAAAAUCACAACCGACUAAAAAAGCAGUUGAAAUUAAUGAUGAUGAAUCCGGUAAGUCUUAUCAAUUGGCAAAAGCACAAUUACCGUCUGGUCCAACAUCAGGCGCUGAAAGUUGGCCUCACUUGAAGAUUCCAUUCAUUCAACCUGAUAAAAUUCGUGAUGCUAAACGAAGAAAACCAGAUGAUCCAGAAUAUGAUCCCAAAACAAUUUACGUACCCCAAGAAUUUCUUGAUCAACAAACUCCAGCGAUGCGUCAGUGGUGGGUACUAAAAAGUCAACAUUGGGACUGUGUUUUCUUUUUUAAAGUUGGAAAGUUUUAUGAAUUAUAUCAUAUGGAUGCUGUCACUGGAGUUAACGCACUUGGUUUGACAUUCAUGAGAGGUGAAUGGGCCCACUCGGGUUUCCCUGAGACAAGUUACGGGCGUUUCUCAUCAAUGCUUGUUGAAAAAGGAUACAAAGUUGCUCGUAUUGAACAAACCGAAAACCCAGCAAUGAUGGCCCAACGUUGUGAAAAAUCUCAAUCAAAAAUAACGAAAUUUGAUAAAGUUGUUAAACGUGAAAUUUGUCAAAUCAGUACUCGAGGUACGAGAGUGGCUACAGUUCAAGAUACCGAAAGUUUUUCACCUGAUUCUAAAUAUUUAUUGUCAAUAGUUGAACAACAAAAUGCAACUCAAUUACCAUCCUACGGAAUUUGUUUUAUUGAUACAAGUAUUGGCGUUUUCCAUUUAGGUCAAUUUGAAGACGAUCGUCAUAAUUCACGAUUACUUACCUUGUUAUCUCACUACACCCCUGUCCAUGUUGUAUACGAAAAAGGUAAUCUCUCUCCAAUAACUAUGAAAAUACUUAAUACCCAAUUGCCAACGACAACAAUGAAAGAAGGUUUACUCAAAGAAUCACAAUUUUGGACGGCAACAAAAGUUCUUGAGAAACUCCAUGAAGGACAAUACUUUAAAUACGAAUCAGCUGAAUUUUCUUGGCCUGAAGGUCUGAAGCCUUAUUUAAAUGAACGAGAUACUCUUGGAUUGAGUCCAGCAGAUGAUAAACAACUGGCAGUCAAUGCUCUUGGUGGUUGCGUCUAUGUAUUAACUGACUACGUGCUAGAUCAACAGUUACUGGCACAAAAAAAAUUCAAAACAUAUGUUCCUCCAGAUAUGAAUGUAGCAGCUGAUGGCCAACGUAUUGGACCACUUGUUAAUAUGGUAAUUGAUGCUGUCGCAAUAAUUAAUCUAAAUAUCCUUGGCAAAAGUCCAUCGCUUUUAACAACUUUAGAUCACUGUUGUACCGCUUUUGGAAAAAGGUUACUAAAAGAAUGGGUUUGUCGUCCAGCUUGCCACAAAAAGUUAAUUAUUGCUCGGCAAGAUGCUGUUACAGAACUAUGUGAUCUUCAGCAUGUCUGUCAAGAUGCUAGAAAACUUUUAAGUACUCUUCCGGAUCUUGAAAGAUCAUUGAGCAAAAUUCAUGCUCAUGGAAAUGCUGCUAAAAUGAAAAAUCAUCCCGAUGGUAGAGCAUUUAUGUUUGAAAUGAAUACUUAUAACCAACGAAAAAUAACAGAUUUUGUUAAUUGUCUCAAAGGUUUCGAUCAAAUACUUAAAAUAAUGCAACUUUUCAAGUCAUUUGAAAGUAAUUUAAUAGUACAAACAACACAAACAGAGCCUAGAGGGGAAUUUCCUGAUUUAAGUGAAACUCUUAAACAUUUUGAGCGUGGAUUUGAUUCAGAAGCAGCAUUAAAACAAGGAUGUAUAAUACCUAAAAAAGGAAUGGAUGCUGAAUAUGAUAAGGUAAUUGCUGAAUUGGCACAAGUUAAAAAAGAUGCAGACGAUUAUUUGAGAUCACAAAGCCGAUAUUUUGGAGUUGAGGUUAAAUAUACUGGUACUAAAAAAAAUGCUUUUCAAAUUGAGGUACCUGAAAGUCGAACAAAUAAAAUAACGGAUCGAUAUGAAUUGCAAAGUCAACGAAAAGGAUUCAAACGGUAUUGGACUGCAGAAACGAAAGAAAUUUUGAGAAGACUAACCGAAGCUGAAGAACAACGGGAAAAAGUCCUUAAGGAUUCUGAUAGACGCACCUUCGCUAAGUUCAGCGAGCACUACGACAUGUGGGCUACAGCUGUUUACAAAGUUGCCGUUCUUGAUGUCCUUAUCUCACUCGCUCAAUACGCUAGAAGCGGUGAUAUGUGUGUUCCAGAAAUCAACGAUACUAAUGAAGUAAUGAUCGACAUUAAAGAUGGAAAACAUCCUUUUAUCACGUCAGACAAUUUUGUUCCCAACGAUACGUCACUUGCGAGCAAUGGCUAUGGUCCUCUAGUUAUUUUAACUGGACCAAACAUGGGCGGAAAAUCAACAAUUAUGCGUCAAGUAGGUUUAUUGAGUAUUAUGGCCCAUAUAGGAUGUCAUAUACCUGCACAGAGUUGUAAGUUUUCAUUGAUAGAUCGUGUUUUCACUCGGCUUGGUGCCAAUGACGAUAUGGUAACCGGUAGAAGUACAUUCCUCGUUGAAUUAAGUGAAGCUGCUACGUUUGUUCAACACGCUACUAAACAUUCUCUUGUUCUUGUUGAUGAACUUGGUCGAGGUACAUCGACACACGACGGUGCAGCUAUUGCUGCAGCUGUUCUUCAAGCUCUUACCAAACUUGAAUGUAGAUCAAUAUUCUCUACUCACUAUCAUUCACUUGUAGACGAUUUUAAAAACAAUUCAAGUGUUUCACCAGCACACAUGGCUUGUUUGGUUGAGAGUGAAGAAAGUGAUGCUACUCAAGAAACUGUUACUUUCUUAUACAAAUUAGCCGAAGGAGCAUGUCCGAAAUCAUAUGGAUUUAAUGCUGCACGAAUUGCUGGCAUAAAAGCCAACAUCACAAAACGAGCUAAUGAUCUUGCUAAGAAACUAGAAGAUGCUGGAAGUCGCAGAAGUCUAUUUAUGUCGCUAUGCAAUGUUGAAAAUAAUAACGUCAAAGGAAUACUUACGCAGCUGAAUGCCAUUGCGAUCAAAUAAUUUUUUAUCAUACUCCAUUAUUAUAUUUAUAUUUAACAUAAAAUGCUCAGUAUUGUUAUCAUUUAAAUAUUUUCUUGUAAUGUAAAACCGUUGUAUCUUUAAGUAAAUCUUAAAGUUAAUUAUUUCAUAUAUUUUCCACUGUUGCAAAAUUUUAUUUUUCUCAUGAACUUUUUCUUUUGCUCAAUUUGUGUAAAAUGGUUACCAAGAAAAAAAAAACUUGUUUAAUUAU